GGGUCUGGGAACCCCUUGAGGGGGUGCCAGAGAUUUCAUGGGGGGUGUGAUGGCCUGUCUACCCUGAGGUUGUUACAGUUUGGUUCACUCAAACUACCUGAAAUCAUUGAAAACCUAUACAAAUGGUUCAUACCCAGGUCUUUUGCUAAUAACAAUUGUGGUUUGGGCUGUUGUCUUAAUGAUGAAAACAAUUUAAAUUUAUUUGUAUUUUUGACAUCAAUAUGUCACUUUUCUGUGUGGGUCCUGGGGGGCAAGGCUUUUCUCAGAUAUAUGAAGGGGGGGCUUAAACAGUUGGGAACCACUGGUCUAGACGAAGGGCAUGCAUUGAGCAUCAUUUUGAGUCAACACUGGAAAUCUUCUCACAAACACUUGAUGAGGAAAAUGGCCAGUCAUAUUUUAUUCCAAGAGAAAUCCUAUAGGCCUAGUUAUCAAACACAAUUUUCAUUAAAAUAACUGUCAAUUGAAUCUAGCUAGUUUUCCCUUAACAUAACUGGAGUCUUAAUAUAAAUGGGCACACAUAUGUCCAGAAAUUAAAAUAAUGUCAUUUUUCUAGAAAACUCCUGCUUUCACAAUGCUGGAUUGACAGCAAUUACCCCAAUUUAUAGUUCUUGGUGUUGGGGUUAAUUUGGCUGGAUCUAUUUUUCUUGGGUUCUUCUGCUGUUGGGGUCUACAUUUUCGCAUGUUGUGCUCCUAUCCUAUUCUUUGUUCUAGUAUUUGCCUUCGCAAAUUUGUCAAAGCACUUUGUAACCCAUUGUUUUUAACUGUAAGGUUUUAUUUCUUAAUCUUACACUGCCUUCAUAGAGCAAUGUUUUAAUUUUACGACGUGUAAUUUGUAGUUGUAGUUUUUGUAGUCAAAAUUCUAUGUACGUUCCAUUUUUAUUCAUGAAAGUUUUAAUUUUAUUUAUUUAUUUAACUUUAACUUUAACGUUACAACACAACAGAAGUCAUUUCAGGAUACCUUCCCUAUGGUUUAUAGCCUUUGCACGUUUUUCUGUUUUAGCUGAUCAUGUUUGACAUACAAGAGGAAAGAUGUUAAUUUUCAUUUGUUUUGAAAGAUGCUACUUGAAUUUUCCUCGGGAUUAAUAAGUAACUAUCUAACAAAAAAUGAUAGCGCUAGCCAUGAUCACAAAUGUGUUUGUUUUCGUUCGUCUAUCGAUCCAGUUGUAACAUUACCACAGUGCCUGAGAGACUUUACCCAGGGAUAAUACGGUUCAAACACAUAUGCGUCUUACGUCAUGUCGCACCAUCAGCUGUUGAUAGAAUGAAGCUCCGUUCAGUAGCGACCUCUUUCGGGGUGCUGUGCUUGUACUCUACUAGUCUCUGACGUCCUUGUUGCCGUUUUCAAACGCUCAUGCUGUUUGUGAACCCCUCGGUAACGGAACACAUGCUGCCAUGAGUUCUUUGUGUCGCCUGAUCCAGAGAGGAUUUCUGAGCGGCCGGCUGUCCUGUCGUUUAUUUCCCGGACUUCAGGAUGUGUGCGGGGUGGCUCCCUUGGUCCGGACAGCCAGUUCAUCCAGCCCAGUCAGCUUGACAUACGAUGUCUUCGAUGGGAAGGGAGAGAGCACUCCCCUGGUGUUUCUCCACGGCCUUUUCGGCAGCAAAUCAAACUUCCAUUCGAUAGCAAAGUCUUUGGUCCAGCGCACAGGCAGAAAGGUGCUGACUGUAGAUGCCCGUAACCAUGGAAACAGUCCACACAGCCCGGAGCUUACCUAUGAGGCGAUGGCUGAUGACCUGAAACACCUCCUCGCCCAGUUGCGCAUCGAGAAAUGUGUCCUAAUCGGCCACAGUAUGGGUGGGAAAACGGCAAUGACAACUGCCCUGACACAGCCUAGUUUAGUAGAGAGGUUGGUGGUGGUUGACAUCAGUCCAGCACAGACCACCUCACGCACCAACUUCCACUAUUACAUCCAGGCCAUGCAGGAGGUGAAGAUCUCCAGUGACAUCCCACGUUCCACCGCCAGGCGGAUGGCUGAGGAUCAGCUCCGCAGUUUGGUCAAGGAGCGCUCGGUGCGCCAGUUUCUGCUGACUAACCUGGUGGAGCAGAACGGGCAUUAUGCCUGGAGGGUCAACUUGGAGGCCAUCUCUGCACACCUUGAUAAUAUCAUGAGCUUCCCUAGCUUUGACUCCACCUUUGAGGGGCCUACACUGUUUUUAGGAGGAGCAAGUUCUGCGUAUAUAAGCUCUGAAGAUUACCCAGAAAUCCAGAGGUUGUUCCCUCUGGCUGACAUCCAGUACAUUCCAGAUGCCAGCCACUGGAUCCAUGCAGAUAAACCCUUAGAUUUCAUCAGCUCCAUCAUCACCUUCCUUCAGUCUUAGCUGCAUCCUGCCCUACGUCACAAAACUUUUUCCUGUGCUCAGCAUCUCUGAGCGGCCUCUCACUGGAAAUAAAAGGGACAAUUCAGCAGCUUCAGCAACUGCGAGUGGAGUCAUUCAUGGUGUCAACACUGGACCAAACUCGCCCUUUUACAGCAGUCAGUAUUUACCUUGAAACAAAGUGUGUGUAGCGUAACGAGAACAAGCUUUGUUUUCACUGCCAGACAGAUAUUGUAAUGAGGUUGGCUGAUUUCUAGAUGUACUUUUAUUUAUUUUAUUUUAAUUCUCAGUCUAACAUAAAGGUGGUUACGUAUAUAUGAUACUAAUCCAAAGAAACUCAUUUGCACAGUGCAGAUUUAUGCUAAUAUCAUUACAUUGAGGUUUUAGGCCAAGUGAAAGCUUGGGUUGGCGGAGUGGACCAGAAGCAGUUCAGAUGUUUAAGUUUUGACAGCGCUGGAAUGAAAUAAAUACAUUAAAGCUAUUGACUAAGAGGACGGAGGAAUAUGCAAAGCAAAAAUCAGUUCUUAAAUUAAGGUGUUUGGUAUUGUGUGCUGGGUCAUUCAGGCUCUGUAUAGAGGCAGUUACAUGGGCUUUAUGUGUACAGAUGGUUUGUUGAAGAAAAUUAAUUCAGUUUUGACAGUGGUGAUAUAUUCAGUAUUUUGGUCUAGAACAUUGCUCCUCACAUCCCCUUUUCUCUGUAUCUGCUGCAUUUAAGCAACAAGUCUUUACAGGUCAGAACUCGAGGUCAGAGAGAAUGCUAGCUCUCAUUUUGCUCAAAACGCAGAUUGUUCCCUGAAUAUCUCAGGUUACACUUGGAUAUGCUAAUUGUUAUACAUGUGUACUAUUAUUGUCUGUCUGGCUACAAGCCUUAGUAAUGGUGUUGUCUUUGUAGGCGAUCAGUGUUUGAUCAAAACUGUUUAUUAUCUGUAUCUAACCUAUAUUUAAAACUAAGGCGCCAUAUGUGUAUGACACAAAUAUAUGCUGCAGAAAGUUUUGUUGGUAUAGUAACUGUGUUAAUACCAUUUCUGUUCUCAUGGGUUUAAAAGUACAGUCCAGUAGUGAAACUGCCAUCCGUAUGAAUAAGCAGGGUGUUGUGAAUUUGUAUGUGCCUCCUUAGUGUAAGGCUCUUUUUCCAGUUCUGUAAAACUUGAUGGAAAAAGUUUUAUUCAACAGUUUUAAUAAGCAGACUGCAGAUUGGCAGCUGGGUUGCCAGUUCUGUGUGAAUUUUCUGACAAGGGGCUCUAACCAGUAUGGGUAUAUCCCCUCAUGGCACUUGACGUUUACUACAAUCAGUAUUUCAUGUUAGUUUUAUGUGAAUGCAGAAGUCUAAACGGCUUUGAGUUAAGUUUGGUGAAAAUGUCUGUUUUAUUCUUUGAAGCUCCAGUUGGUGGAGAAGAAUCAUCUCAUCCUCCUCAACCUCAGGACAGAUUUGUCUUGUUGCACAAUAUGAAUGAGAGGAUUAUUUACCACUGACAUUUGAAUGCAGGCUCUGCUUCAGCUUCUUUAGUGCUGCAGUGGGCUGAAUAUUUCAGAACCAAUGUCUACAAUAUAGAAAAGAGAAUCUAUUAACACUGAAAAGCUUUUUGAAGACUGUAAUCAUGUGUUCAGGAUUGUAUAAUGUCAAUAUGAGCAUGCCUUCUCUCUCAUCAUCAGAUAUAAAAUCUUUAGUGCUAUGUAUGUCUGAGUCUGUUUAAUAUGUUGCCACAAUGAUGGGACUCAUUCUAGAUAUUGCCAUAUAUACAUUUUAAAUGUGUGCAAGAUGAAUAUAGAAGUGGAUUAUAUAUUGCUGAAAAUGUACACACUAAAAUUCUAAAAUAAAAAUGCAAAUAUCCUUGAA